GUUCGAGCUGGGAGAAGAAGCGCAGAGGAAACUUCUGCAUCUUUGCUUCUCACUCACUCCUUUAUUUUGGACGUUGUUCUGAUUUCUGCUUUACCUAGUAAGGCAUGUAUCUCUGAUAAACCUAAACCUAAAUCAGCAGUCGAAAAGUUCUUCAGAUUUUCUUAUCUUGGGUGGGAAGAAGAAUGAGGAUGAUGAUACUAUCGAUCCUCCUCCUGUUGUUUGUGGGUGUUCAAGUACAGGGCCAGACUUUGGACAUCCGUGAAACCUGCAACUACACAAUCAAUUGCCCAAUCCAUUUGUACUUUGUCAUCGACACAUCUGAGACCAUAGCUCUACAGGAGAACCCACCUGGCAGCUUGGUCAAUAGCGUCAAAAACUUUGUCAUUGAAUUUGCUGAGAAACUAAAAAGCGUUAACCAAGAUUUAGUUCACAUGAGCUGGUCUAUAGGAGGCCUUCACUUCUCCCAGAAGCAGGUGUUCUUCAGCCAAAUCACCAGUGCAGAUGUGUUCAUUGAGAAUCUAAAGAAAAUUGUGUACUUGGGAAAGGGCACUCACAUUGACUGCGCCAUCACCAACAUGACCCAACAACUGCUCAACACACCGUCCGAACCCAAAGCCAAGCGCUUUGCGGUGGUCAUCACCGAUGGUCAUGUGACAGCUAACCCAUGUGGUGGGAUCAAAGUUGCGGCAGAACGAGCACGUGAUGAAUUCAUUAAGAUCUUCGCUGUCGCAUCGUCCCAGAACCUAGAGGAGGCAGGACUGAGGGAGAUUGCUAAUUCACCUGCUGGAGUUUAUCGUAACAAAUACAUGGCGGUUGAUCUAUCGGGAGGGAGGCCAGUCAUAGUGAAAUCAACAAUCGAUCGCAUUUAUGAUGCAAUGCUUCAUCUGGCUUAUCAAGAGUGCUACUCUGUGAAAUGUUUGGAGACUAAAGGACCUGUAGGUCCACCAGGACACAGGGGACAGAAAGGAGCUAAAGGAGAUAAUGGCGAUGCCGGUCUUAAAGGUCAACGGGGACGUCCUGGAGAUCCAGGUAUUGAGGGACCCAUUGGACAUCCUGGAACAAAAGGAGAACUCGGUCUCAAAGGUGAAAAGGGAGAUAUUGGAGCACAAGGGAGAAAGGGUGUUGCUGGGACACCUGGCAGAAAUGGAACAGAUGGGCAGAAGGGAAAAAUUGGCAGGGUUGGCGCUCCUGGCUGCAAAGGUGACCCUGGUGACAAGGGUCCUGAUGGCUAUCCUGGAGCUGCUGGAGAACCUGGUUAUCCAGGGAGUCCGGGAGAAAAGGGUGAUCCAGGUCGUCCAGGAAGACCAGGACAACCCGGGACAGUUGGAGAUCCUGGAUCCAAAGGAGAGAGAGGAAGUCCCGGAUCACCUGGAGAGCCUGGCCUGAAAGGAUCUGCUGGGAUAGCUGGAGGACCUGGACCUAAAGGCGACCCUGGAAGACGAGGAGACUUUGGACUUAAAGGCAGCACUGGGCCAAAUGGGGGAAAAGGAGAAAAGGGUGAACCAGGUUCUGAGGGAACAAGGGGUCUUGCAGGCGAGCCUGGCAACCAAGGUUCCAAGGGUGAAAACGGACUUCCAGGACCAAGAGGCUCACCAGGAGCUCCUGGAGAAUCAGGCAGAAUUGGUUCUCAAGGUGACCCAGGUGAUGCUGGCCCUAGAGGUGAACCUGGCCCUCCAGGACCACAGGGUGAUCCUGGCAGACCUGGAUUCAGCUAUCCUGGACCAAGGGGAGCUACGGGUGACAAGGGUGAUAAAGGUUCGCCUGGACCCAGGGGAAGUAGAGGAGACUGCGGACCAAAGGGCGAACCGGGUUCAAAGGGAACUUCUGGAGAGCCGGGAGAGCCCGGGCCCCCAGGAGAACCUGGAAGAAGGGGCAUUAAAGGAGGUCCAGGAAGAGAUGGUGGCCCUGGACCAAGCGGAGACCCUGGCCUUAGUGAAUGUGAUGUCAUGAGCUACAUCAGAGAGACGUGUGGAUGCUGUGAUUGUGAAAAGAGAUGCGGUGCCCUGGAUAUUGUGUUUGUGAUUGACAGCUCUGAAAGUGUGGGCAUGACCAACUUCACCCUGGAGAAGAACUUUGUGAUCAACACCAUCAACAGGCUGGGCUCAAUGGCAAAAGAUCCCAGUUCUGAAACAGGAACUCGAGUUGGUGUUGUCCAGUACAGUCACAAUGGAACAUUCCAGGCUAUUCGCCUCAACGACUCCAGGAUCGACUCCAUGUCCGCCUUCAAACAAGCCGUGAAGAACCUCGAGUGGAUCGCUGGAGGAACCUGGACGCCUUCAGCCCUGAAGUUUGCCUACGAUAACUUGAUUCGGGAUAGCCGUCGUUCUAAGGCUAAUGUGACAGUGGUUGUGAUCACAGACGGCCGGUAUGACCCCCGUGAUGAUGACUCACUGCUCGGUUACCUCUGCACAACCAAUAACAUUGAUGUGAGUGCCAUCGGUAUUGGUGACAUGUUUGACCAGCCGGAGGAGAAUGAAAGCCUGAAGUCCAUCACUUGCAACAAAAAAGGAAGAGUCAUGGGAAUGAGGCGUUUCGCUGAUCUGGUUGCAGAGGAUUUCAUUGAUAAGAUUGAGACUGUACUCUGCCCAGAUCCAGUGGUUGUUUGCCCACAUCUUCCAUGUCAAAUGGAGCCAGCUGUAGCCAGCUGCAUCCAGCGCCCUGUUGAUAUCAUCUUCAUGCUGGAUGGCUCGGAGCGAUUGGGUCAGGAGAAUUUCCACCAUGCACAUGAUUUCGUGUUGAAAGUUGCUAAGCGCUUGACCCUCGCCCAGGGAGAAAAUGAUGACCAUAAUGCCAGGGUGGCUCUUCUGCAGUAUAGUGUUGAAAACCAACAUCUGUUGGGCUUCAGACUUACCAACAAUAUCAGCAUCAUCACUUCUGGCCUUGCCAACAUGAGGUACCUGGAUUCUUCUUCCAAUGUGGGAAGUGGUAUUAUCUACGCCGUCAACAACAUUGUCACAAGUAGAGGCUCUCGAUUGGCUAGACGAAAUGCUGAGCUGUUGUUCAUCUUCAUAACCGAUGGGUUCACCGACGACACGAACCUGGAGGAAGGCAUUAGCUCAAUGCGCAGAGUAGAGGGCGUUCCCACUGUGAUUACCAUAGGCAAAGAUGAUAACAAGAAGAUCCUAGAAAAGCUUUCUAUGGGAGACCAGACGGCCGUUUUCAGGGAUAAGGAUUUUGCCAGUGUGAACACAGCCAGCUUUUUUAACCGUUUCAUUCAGUGGAUCUGCUGAGGUGUGGGGUGGGUUUUUAGUAAAAGGUGGGAUUGCUGUGUCAGAGGGUUCAGUACAAUAGAACAGAUGCAUUUUAUUUACACUAAACCUAUGCAAUUUAAGCUUUUAUAUCUUGGUAAAAGAUUUAUGACAGCUGCAACUCUUACAAUGGCUUCAACUCAAUGAUUUCACCAGUGGAGAUGGGCUUUGCAUCCAGGAAGACACAGCAGUAAACCAAGAGGUUAAGUUACUAGUAAUACCGCAAAGAAUAUGUACUGAACAUGUAUUUUGACUAAGCUGCAAUCGUAGUUUUUGUAUUUUUAUGCUAAGAGGCCUCUAGCUGAAUUACUGUUUUAUAUAUUCUUCAACACAAGGUGCUAAACCAGAGUACGACUAGAGUUUUCCAGCAUAACAUUAUCAAAUGCACAUUGGUAAUAUUUAAAAAUAAAAAAUACACUUGCCACAUUCAUUCUGUAUCACCUCAGAUAAAAUUAUGUCUAAAAUCAUUGUUACAUUUAAUUGUUAUGACAGGGCCUGAAGGAGCUAAAAUAAAUCAAUGGCACCUUCCACAGCAUGUUCACUAUUGAUUCAACACAUGCAUAGAAGUCCAGUGUUUCAGAUUAAACAUUGAUUUACAGUGAAAUACAGUAAGUUUAUUCAACUAUGUUUUAAUGUAAAAGAUAAUUAUGAAUUUAGUACAACAAAUAAAGCUGUGGUAACACAAUUGAGGCGUCUUUGGUUUUUAAAACAAUGUCACCAAGUGUGUUUAGAUUUUGAAUGAGAAUUCUACUCUAUUCUACUCUAAUUCUGUUCCAUUCUGCUUGAGUAUAUUAUUUUUUGUUCUGUUCUGUUAUAUUCUAUUCUGUUCUAUAUUACAUAUUAUAGAAGCAGAUUUUUUUAACUGAAAUAAAUACUGAGAAAUUGGAGGCAGAGGAGCUUUCAUCACUAAAUGCACAUGGAUUUUUAUUUUUUAUUUGAUUGGUCCAUGAGUCAAAACAGAAAUAAUUCAGUUUCUCUGGUCACUGGUUUAAGUCUCUGAACAUUAAAGAAAAUAUACAGAUCAGAAAUGUGUGGCACUUUUGUUGUGAGUGUCAAGUUAUAAGUACAUAUACUGAACAGUCGAAUAGUGUUGAUGAAACUGUUUCAGUUAUAUGUUUUGCUCUUGUUGUUAAUCAUUUUAUUACAAUAAAUAAUCUCACAACCA